CCAUUAUAUGUCGCGGUUGUUAGCAAUGAUGUUUUUCCUUUGCGCCUGCUUAACUUUAAAGAAACCGCCUGAGACACUAUUGUCUAAUUACCCCAGGACCAACACAGCGGCGCAGGCAGGCAACCGGCAACCGUCGUCUAUAAAGAGCUGUCUUCCGUCACAAACGGGCUGGAUUCAGGCACGGGCGCGGGCGCUGCCUCGAAAAGCACUCAAAGUUUAUUUAAUUAUCUUUGUCAUUGGCAUUUGCAUUUGCAUUUGGAAAUGGGUGCUGCCAGCUUUAAAAAAUAUUUGCCGAACGCAGGAUACACGGAUACGAAUACGAGUACGAACUUGCAAGUCCAUAAGAUAGGGACAGCGCCAACGCUGAGUGGUGAGAGGGAGACAGUGACAGUGACCCAUGGCAGUAGCAGUAGACGACUGAGUGCCGAUGAAAUUAUGAGUCUGGGGCUCGGAGUGGGGCUGGCGGCCGGUUUUAAUUAAUCAAGAACGAGCACUAAGCAUUUUUCAUCAGCUUUGUAAUUACAAUUAGAAUGAAGAAGAUCAACAAA